GGCGGCGGCCGCCGGGCGCUGCAGUGGGACGCGCGCGGCUGCGAGCCUGCGGGACAUGCCCCCCGCGCCGGCUCCUUGCUGGCGGCCAUGAAGAGGCAGAACGUGCGGACUCUGUCCCUCAUCGUCUGCACCUUCACCUACCUGCUGGUGGGCGCCGCCGUCUUCGACGCCCUCGAGUCGGACCACGAGAUGCGCGAGGAGGAGAAACUCAAAGCCGAGGAGAUCCGGAUCAAGGGGAAGUACAACAUCAGCGCCGAGGACUACCGGCAGCUGGAGCUGGUGAUCCUGCAGUCGGAGCCGCACCGCGCCGGCGUCCAGUGGAAAUUCGCCGGCUCCUUCUACUUUGCCAUCACGGUCAUCACCACUAUAGGUUACGGGCACGCGGCCCCCGGCACCGACGCGGGCAAGGCCUUCUGCAUGUUCUACGCGGUGCUGGGCAUCCCGCUGACGCUGGUCAUGUUCCAGAGCCUGGGCGAGCGGAUGAACACCUUUGUGCGCUACCUGCUGAAGCGCAUCAAGCGGUGCUGCGGCCUGCGCAGCACGGAGGUGUCCAUGGAGAACAUGGUGACCGUGGGCUUCUUCUCCUGCAUGGGGACGCUGUGCAUCGGGGCGGCCGCCUUCUCCCAGUGCGAGGAGUGGAGCUUCUUCCACGCCUACUACUACUGCUUCAUCACGCUGACUACCAUCGGGUUCGGGGACUACGUGGCCCUGCAGACCAAGGGCGCCCUGCAGAAGAAGCCGCUCUACGUGGCCUUUAGCUUUAUGUACAUCCUGGUGGGGCUGACGGUCAUCGGGGCCUUCCUCAACCUGGUGGUCCUCAGGUUCUUGACCAUGAACAGCGAGGACGAGCGGCGGGACGCCGAGGAGAGGGCGUCGCUGGCCGGGACGCGCAACAGCAUGGUCAUCCACAUCCCCGAGGACGCGCGGCCCGGCCGGCCCCGCUGCAAGGCCGACGCGCCGGACCUGCCGUCCGUGUGCUCCUGCACCUGCUACCGGCCACAGGACCACGGCGGCCGCGUGGCCGCGCAGCACAACUCCUUCAGCGCCAAGCUCGCGCCCCACUACUUCCACUCCAUCUCCUACAAGAUCGAGGAGAUCUCGCCAAGCACACUGAGAAACAGCCUCUUCCCCUCCCCCAUCAGCUCCAUCUCCCCCGGGUUACAUAGCUUUACCGACAACCACAGGCUGAUGCGGCGGCGGAAGUCCGUUUAGGGUGCGGGGCGGGCGGCGCCGGCAGAAGCGGUCGCUCGUCCGACUUGACCUCGAGCUCCACCGGCCCACCUCGUCCGUUCCUUCGUGUUUAUUAUCAGUAUCCUUUACCGUUGUCCUCAUUCUCUGUGUUACUUUCUCUCCUUCCCUUUUCCGUGGUCCCGCCCCCGCUCCCCCAGGACUCCCCUCUCCCCCUCUG